CGUGCGCACGCGCGUUGCCGCAGUAAUGGCGGCAGUUGUCGCGCCGUGUCCGGGACUGAGGAGCUGGGCGUUUUACAUCAUUACCGGCAUCAUCUGCACUGUCAUUGAAAACACUACCUGCUCCACAUGUAAACACAGAGUACCGGAUCGGAGAGAGGAUAUGGCGCGGAUGGACCUCCUGGUUCUGAAGAGAUAUCAAAUGGGCGCCCUGUUGUCAUGUGUUGGCGAAUGGGUGCGUAAUGACUCGAAGACAAUAUGGCUUGAUGUUGAGGCAUUGCAGGUGAUUUACCAAGUAUAUUUAGAACCAAGUCGAAUUACCAGAAGGAGUAUUGAUCAGCAUCUAAGAAUAAAAAUUGUGUAUGAUUUAAGCAUUGAAUAUUUACCCACGGAUAAAAAACAUUUAGUUAAGAAUAAACUGUUCCCAAAAGCGAUUAAAUAUUUACAAGAAACAUUCCAAGUUCGUAAAGUUGUUGGUCCAAUUCUGCUUAACAGGCCAUGUGCAACCAAUCAGUACUUAAGAAAGAAGGAUGACCCACAUAUGUAUUGUCAAGGUGCCUGUGCUGCCAUUACAAGAUGCGGCCCGGUAGUUGUUCCGGAAGAACAUUUACAGCAAUGCAGGGUGUGUAGUGAAAAUGGAAAAUCCUGUGGGUCUACAGGGUUAACCGUUGGUCCAGGUGUCACAGAUGCUGACUUUUUGCUUUAUGUGAGUGCACUGACUACAGAACGUUGUGGACAAGAGGAUAUUGUAGCCUAUGCAGCAUACUGUCAGCUGGAAGCUGAAUUGGACAGGCCUAUUGCAGGAUAUGCAAACCUGUGUCCAGGUAUGAUUCCCACUGAGCCACAAGAGUUCAAGGGCAUGUUGUCAACUGUGAAGCAUGAAAUUGUCCAUGCUUUGGGCUUCUCUGCAGGACUUUUUGCUUUCUACCGUGAUGAUGAGGGAAAACCUUUAACUGCAAGAAAGGCAAAUGGUCUUCCAUCUUUUAAUGAAUCGCUUGGAUUGUAUCAGUGGAGUGACAAAGUUGCACGCAAGGCAUCAAGGUUAUGGGAUACAAGGGGAAACAAAAAACUUAAUCAUGAGGUCCUCCUCCUUGUAACACCACGUGUUGUUAAAGAAGCUCAGAACCACUUUAACUGCCCAAGUCUCGAAGGAAUGGAACUUGAGAAUCAAGGUGGAAUGGGUACUGAACUGAAUCACUGGGAAAAGAGAUUGCUGGAGAAUGAAGCAAUGACAGGAUCUCACACACAAAACAGAGUUUUCUCCAGGUUAACCUUGGCAGCUUUAGAAGAUACAGGAUGGUACAAAGCCAAUUAUAGUAUGGCAGAGAGACUGGAAUGGGGUGAAGGCAUGGGCUGUGACUUUGUAAUGAAAAGCUGCAAGUAUUGGAUUGACCAACAACGGAAGGUGAAUAAGAAUAUAACUCCAUAUUGUGACACACUGAGGACAUCUCCAUUACGGUUAACAUGUCGGCAGGAUCAGAAGGCUGUAGCAGUCUGUAAUUUAGAGAAGUUCCCAGCACAUCUACCAUCAGAGUAUCAGUAUUUUGACUACCUUGAUGGUGUACCAGAAGGAGAGCUGCAGUACUAUGGUGGAUCAGUGGAAAUAGCUGACUACUGCCCUUUUAGUCAGGAGUUCAGUUGGUAUAUAAGUGGUGAAUUCCAGCGUGGCUCUGAUUGCAGAAUCUCUCAAAAUCAACCAGAGCCUUCUCGAAACUAUGGUGCUGAAGAAUAUGGACCAACCUCUGUCUGCCUUGCUCAGAAGUCUCGUUUUGUAAUGCAGCAAUGCAACAAGAGUCCAGGCUCUCCAGACUGGGGUAGUGGAUGUUAUAGAGUUUCCUGUACAAUUGAGGGACUAAUCGUUUGGGUUUCUGAUAAGUUCUAUUUAUGCAGUCGAACAGGGCAGGUACUUUCUAUUAAUGUUGUGAUGAAUGACUGGGUCUACACGGGAAGCCUGGUAUGUCCAUCUUGUUUUGACUUCUGCAGUACAUGUCCACCAGAGCGUGAUCCGCCGUUAAGUAAUUUCACAAGGACAAUUCCAAUAGAUCCCUGCUCCAGGUCAUCAGGACUGGUGGUUACUCUUUGGUUGCUCGUGGCUAACUUCCUCCCACUGGUCGUAGGCUUCUUCCUCUGUGUGUGGAAUUAACUCCAUUAAAGGAUGUACUAAGGUUGUACAGUUUGAACACUGCCACAGCUAAGCAUCAUUUUGCAAAAGGAUACAUUAGGUGCUUUUACCGAAAAGACUGAACUCUUUUUUUUGUGAUACGUAUAAGGAUUGAUUGUAACAUUUAAUCUCAGUUGAUUAAACACUCCAAGAAACUACGGCUACGUCAAAUGACAAGGGUGCUACUACUGUACUUUGUACAUUGAACGAUACUGAACUACCUCGAAGAUAUUUCAUAGUAAAAUGAGCUAAAUGCAGUCCCUUCAUGGAUCCCUUGUACAUGCACAUUGAUUUUUCAGAGUUUGAAUGUUAUAUGUAAAUGGUAAUGACUUGCACAGAUUGUCAAAUAGGAUUCACAAGCAUGUCAAUCCGUCACUAUUUGCACUUAUGUUGCUUGGUUUGCAGUUUGUGCCUCAGCUUUAUCAAAAAAAGCAAUCCUGCACAAUUGUAAAUGAUUAGUAGAACUUCUAUAAUAAUGAUUAUGUGAGCAUCAAAAAUUUGUUUUGAUUAUUGUUCUGUUCUCGGCCAAGAAGUUUGCCUUGGAUGUCAUGUAUCGCAAUAAGUAAUGGAGCACACUGUUGUCCAUCUUGUAAUCCUUUCCUGUUUGCUGGUUCUUUAAUCAGAUGUUAAGAUGUCAAUAAUUCUGGGGACCAUAGAAGCAGGAUUUGUAACAUGUCUUCAAUAUUUUAUUUUAUUCCAAGUGGAUAACAGUUCCACUUUUCCUUUAUGCUGUCCUAAUGGCUCAGUGGAUUUUAAAAAUUGAAGCACUGAAUAGAUCUCAAGUUGAGCCAGGUGGAGUUGUGGCACUCCCCAACAUUGAAUUAAUGCUUAUAGGAAGACCUGAGAGUAGAGUAUGGUCACUUGAGUAACUUUUAUGGGUGCCUAACCCCUUUGACCCAAUAGGAAAUUGGCACUUUUAAAGGAGGAGAAAAAUCUGGUAAAAAGCUUUUACUUUUGUCAACUUUUAAAAUUUUAUUUAAAUUGAAAUUAAACCAUGUAAAUUAUUUGUAUAAUAGAUCUAUAUUGUGAUCAUUUAAUGAUACAAUUUAAUCAUAGAAUUGCGAUAACUAUACUGAUCAAAAAACAGCUCUGAAUAGAUAAAUCGAGUUUCCACAGGAUAUCUCCUCAUAUAUUUAUAUUGGAGAGUUGAAUAGUAAAGAGUUAUGAUUGUGCAAUACAUGUUUUGCAAGCAUUAAUUAAUGUUAGUCAGUUACGGUUUCUUUUGCUUAAUCAGCAAAAUAUUAUUAGUUGGGUACAGGGGAGUGAAUCAAAAACUGUUCUCUCUCAGAACAUGUCGGUUAGAUAAGCUGGAUGAAGAAUUACUGUACAUCAAAAAUUACUGCUGUUAAAAGGAACAGAUUUCAUAUUAGAUCACAGCUCUAUAUUCCACCAAGUCAUAUAUUUCACAAGGUAGCAAUGUAGACCAAAUAAUCUUAUCUGACACUAUCAAUAAAAAGUUAUCACGUUUUUAUAACGAUGCAGUGCGUCCUGUUCCUAGCUACGUUUUGUUAAUCUGUUGGUUUAGUUUUAGGAAGACAGUAUGCUGUUCAAUGCAUAAAAACGUAAGUGUUAUAUGGUUUAGCAGUUACUUGAAGCAUAUUGGUGAGGCAUCACAUUUAGAAUAGAUUUUAUUGAGUGAAUAUUUUUAAGGGCAAAAGUGAGGACUGCAGAUGCUGGAAACCAGAGUUUAGAUCAGAGUGUUGCUGGAA